CUUCCAGCAGCAGCACAAGAUCGAAAAAGCAGAAGCCAUCAAAAGAGUUUCGGAGUUCCAGAUUUCCAGCAGUGAUCCCUGCAGAACCUGCAGCAGCUAGCGUCGACGACAUGGGCCGUUGGUUGAAGCCAGAUGUGUACCCGCUGAUCGCGGCCAUGUCGUUCGUGACGGGGAUGUGCGUGUUCCAGCUGACGCGGAACGUGUUCAUGAACCCGGACGUGCGGGUGAGCAAGGCCAGCCGCCAGAGCGCUGUGCUGGACAACGCCGACGAGGGCCAGCGCUACAGCCAGCACGCGUUCCGCCGCUUCCUCGCCACGCAGCGACCGGAGGUCUUCCCGGCCCUCAACCGCUUCUUCUCCGAGUCCUCGUCCGCAGCCGACAAGUGAUCGAUCAGAGUUCAGACGGCGCCGGUGGCGGCGAUGGUGCGCGCACGCCGCGCUCGCCGGCGCUGCUCCGGCGUGCAUGCCGUGUCCGUGUGCCUGUGGAUAUUGGGGUUCGGGCGUGCGUGUGUUAUGGUAAUAUCGUGUGUGUGCGGAAUAAACUUUAAGCUUUCUUUUUCGUGAUGUACGAUCGUUUGGGCGUCUAAUAUGAUUCUCGACGGUAGUGAUUUGUUUCUUACUCC